GCGCGAGGAAGACGACGACCGACAGUCGUACGCAUCGUACGCAUCGCGGGCCACACACGAUGAGCGCCGAGCACGGCGCGAUGACCGAGAGCACUACAACGAGGGCCGACGACGCGAUGAACGACGGGACGAGGGACAUGCCCGAUACCACGAUCGCGACGAUCCACGGGACGAGCGGGCAAGUAUGAGACCGACAAUUGUUAUGCCCACGUUCACGGGGACAGAUCCAGAUGCAUGGUUGAGUCGAGCUGUGCAAUUCUUAAAGAUCAAUGAUGUGCCAAGGUACGAACGAGUUCAAAUUGCUGCUUAUCACCUUGAUGGAGAAGCAAACGUUUGGUGGCAAUGGGUGGUGCACAAAAACCAUGGUGAGCACAUGCGUUGGAGAGAUUUUGAAAAAGAGCUCAUCACGAGGUUUGGCUCGAGUGACUACCACGAUUACAACGAGGCUUUGUCAAGAAUCAAACAAGUGGGUAGUCUAAAGGAUUAUCAAAAGGAGUUCGAACGCAUUGCUAGUAGAGUACGGGACUGGCCUGAGGCUGCGCUAGUGGGAACAUUUGUUGGGGGACUAAAGGCUGGAUUGGCAGCCGAAGUAAGGUUGGAUAGGUCGAGAUCGAUGCGAGCAGCCAUUGAGUCGGCUAGAUUGCACGAAGAUCAUCUUGUGGCGGUACGCAAGACAAAGCCGAGCGACGUGCGCACUGAGACUAAGCGCACGAACGCGGCGACUGAGGAGCUAACGGGGCGAACAGAAAGCAAGCCGAUGGGCGAGACUGUUCGAACGACUAGCAACAUACGGCGGCUUACUGACGAAGAGAUGCAACGACGGCGAGAAAAAGGCCUUUGCUAUUCGUGCAACGAAAAAUUUAUGCCAGGCCACAGGUGCAAGGGUAAGGAGGUCUUUUUGUUGGAAAUUGGAGAUAAUUGCGAAGAAGAAGAACCACGAGAUGAGUCCUUGUUUUAUAUGGUCAAAAGCAAGAAAUGUGUUCCGAAGAUGAUCACAUUCACGGCUGAAGUGAGAGGAAAAUUGGUGGAAGUAUUGGUUGACAGCGGGUCCACGCUAAACUUCAUUGAUGAGGAGCUAUCCAAAGAAAUUGAGAUUCCAUUCACCAAGGUAAAACCUUUUGGAGUCAAAGUUCCAAACGGGGAAACACUGCGAGGGGAUAUUCUCUUCAAGAGUGUAAAGUUGAAGGCUCAAGGUCAAAGGAUGAGAGUGGAUCUCUAUGCCUUGCCAUUGAAGGCGACUGAUAUAGUGCUUGGAUGCCAAUGGUUAGAGACUCUUGGUCCGAUCACAACCGAUUAUUGGAAGGGAACUAUGGAGUUCGGGAGAUCAAGUAAGAGGGUCAAGUUGAGGACUGAGGAUCCAGGCGAGUCACCUGAUGAGGAUGACGGGGAUGUAGGCGAGGUUGCGUAUCGAUUAGCCCUACCUCCCGAGUUAUCAGGCAUUCAUAAUGUAUUUCACGCAUCUAUGUUGCGUAAGUACGUGUGCGACCCCGAUCAUGUUAUUCCCCAUUUAGAUAUUCAGGUUCAGUCAGAUCUUUCGUAUGAGGAGCGACCGGUAGCUGUACUAGACCGUCAGGUUCGUCGGGUCCGGAAGCGAGAUGUUCCCCUCGUGCGUAUUCAGUGGGAUCGCCACGGAGCUACUUGGGAGGCGGAGUCUGAUAUUCGCACUC